AUGAUGCGGGCAAGGCCACACGUUCCUUCUGCAGAGGAAAAGGAACUAAGAAAAGUAGCCGAAUCUCAGCCGUUUCCAAGGCGCCGGAAGGCAGCGAAUCGUAGUGGAAAAAAUGGUAUUUCUGCCACGUCCAUUAUAUUUGGUGGUCUGGUAUUGCUGAUUCUGCUUCUCCUUUGGAUAUCAUCCUUUUCCAAUGUGAUUAUGCAUAACAAUGAAUUAUUUCAGUCUGAUAAAGCAGCUAAUGAAAUCCAUGUCCCCAACAGUCCAGCAGAGCUUGCACAAAGUCACAAACAAAUUCAGCAGAAACAUUUAGAGGCACCAUCCAUUGACUCGAUUGUGGAAUCGCUGAUGGGACUUGCCGACAUGCCAUUUUCUGAGUUGCAACAUGUACUCGAAGGGGGAGAAGAUGCUGAAGCGGAACUCCGACAAAAGAACCCAUUUCACCUGGACGAAUUGCAAGAAGGCAAAUGUCCGUGGGCUGAAGGAACUCAGCUAUCCUGGCUUCCUCCUCAGAAAUCACUAGAAGCACCACACCUGUAUCAAAAAGAGUUGCAAGCAAAACAAUUGAGGAAAAAGAAUACUGGUGGCCCUAUUGCAGCUGUCUACUAUGAGCAUUUGAGCAAGGCAGGAGGGACGUCCUUUUGCAAAUUGGCCCAAGCAAACAUGGCACGACGACUUGUCCCCAACUAUUAUUGCAUGCCUUCGAAACCAAACGAACCAGAUGCCCGUGUUGGUGCUUGGCCAAUUGACGAGCUGAAAGAGUAUUUUCAAACAACGACUAAUCGUCUCGUGUCUAAUGAAUGGGAGCCCUUCAAUCUCAAGUACAUGGACGAGUUUGAAUUUGACCCAAAUUUGCAAUUGGUCUUUGUUACAUCAUUGCGGCAUCCAAUCAACCGUCUCAUGUCUGCUCACAAGUUUUGGGGGAUCCUGCACAAUCCAGCAGAGAAGAAGCCUACCAUUGAACAAUGGAUUACACGAUACGCUCAAAGGGCCAAGCACUGGACGAUUAUGAAUCCCGAUUUUACUGCCAACGUCGGACGCUUUGACUUUGCCACCUGGAAGUUCUCCGGAGGAACCUUGCCCAUGCCAGAGUCCAACCUACAUGCGGAAAGAUACUUGAAAUCACCGACUCCUGAUCCAGCACUCUUGCAAGCAAAGGAGGAUUGGAAAGAACCAUUCGAGACAGCGAUACGGACUCUGUCGAAGUUUGAUUUGGUCAUUAUCAUGGAAGAGUUAUCCAAGCAUCCACAACCCGUCACCAAGAUUCUGGGGUGGAAGGACUUUUCCCAAGCCCAUGUAGUGCCAUCCGGAAAGGUAAUGAAUAACAAGGCAUCCAGUGAACUGGAUUCUCACGAAUAUGACCUACUGUGGCAAGCGAAUGCUCUAGACAUGAUACUGUACUACUGGUCAAUGGCCGUUUACCUGACAAGAUUGCAUUGUGCAGAUUUGCUUCCAGCCGACGAUACAGCCAUAAUAUAG